AUGGAUUACAAAAUUUUAAUCUAAAAUAAUCUCUCUGAAAAGCAUGGCCGCUUUGAUUUUUACUACUCCAAGAAUAUAGAUAAGAUUGUUAAGGACUAACCAAAUAGUCGACUAGUCGCCAUAUUUAAGGACUAUCUUAUCUACGAUGAUUGCUCAUGUGAAUGUCUAAGAAGAUACUAUAAAACAUAUGAGGGGAUGGACAAGUUGAGCAAAUUGACAGAUUUCUAUCAAGAUUACGCUGAUAUUUUCCCCUCCUAUGCUUUAUUACUUCAACCUUGUCAAGAUGAGAUGAGUAUGAUAUUGAAGGAAAAAGAGGGCAUGGCUAAAUAUAUGUACAAAAAUAUUAGAAGGAAGCAAAGGAUAAUAGAUGAGAAAUUUUCAUUUAAAGGAGGUAAUAAUCAGGACAAAAUUUUUUUCACUCCUAGCUUUAUGCACAGCGUUGUCAAGUUUGAAUAAAAUAUCAUCAAAAGAGAGAGAGUGAAUUAUCUCCGAAAAAUAGCAUUUGGCUUAUCAAUUAGUGAUUUAUUGGAUUAAUUUAUUGAGAAGGACACAUAAGAUAUAGUUGAUGAACAAGAGUUCUUUGUUGGUAGGGUCAUUGAGCCACUUCAUUUUGUUGAUAAUGUAUUUCAUGUUGAGCUUGAAAAUAGACUCAAACAGCAAUUAUUCCAAAAGAAAAGAUCUUCAUCAAGAUCAAAGAGCCCAUUGGUCUCCUCAAGAAAAUUCGUUCCUGAUAUAAAUUAGAAAAAAGCCAAUAAUGUUAUUGCAAAUACAAACUCUGCUUAAAAGUCUAGAACAACACCAGCUUAGUCAGCUAGAAUUUAAAUGAAGACUCAGACUAGUCCUAGAUAGACCCAUAACAUUAGCAAGUAAAGAUCACCAUCCUAGACAAAGACUGAAAGAAAUCCUGUAAAGCAAUCAGCUUAAUUGAGAUCUCCGAUGAAAAAUAUUAAUAAUAUAGGAACCCCUAAUAACUUACUGAAAAAGCAUGAGAUGCUUCAAUCAAGAAUAACACCUCACAAGGAGAUUAAGAAUACUGGCAUAGUUUAAUAAUCUUAGCAUCGCCAAAGCUAAUCCCCCAUAUUCAGUCCCAAGUUGCAAAUUUAGAAUAGAUCUCCAGUACUACCAAGAUAAAAUGGAAAACCUCUAAUAUCACAUAAAAAAUCAGCUACUAACUACAAAUUCAAUCUGCCUAAAUCAUCUAUUGAUGAAAAUAACUAGUUUGCUACUCCUAAUAAGAAUGUUAUUAGAACAAGAGAUAUUAGCGGAUCUAAAGGAAGACUUCAGAGAAAUAUUCCUUAAAAUAUAUAGGAGGUUCAAAUAUUUGAUAAUCAAAUUAUAAAUGAAGAGUCUAGCAAAUCAAUAACUAAUCUGCACUCUUCAAUAUAAGCUCCAAGUUUUGUAUAGGGAAUUUCUAUGACAACAGCUAAUAAAAUAAGAGAGUCAAUUAUUAAAAAGCCAUUUGUCAAAUAGAAUCAUAAUCCACCCAACGGAAGAAAUCAUCAUCAGUUUAGCACUAUAUAGUGCCAUGAAAUUUCAGAAGGGCAAAUCAUAUCUUUGAAUAUGUUUAAGGAGAGCACUCUGUUUAAUAAUUGA